AUGUUUAAAGGUGAUCGUUAUAUUGCUCCAGAAUUAUUUGACGCUAUGGGAACCAGCACUAUCAUACGCGAGUGUUCAGAUAUAGAUCAACUUUAUGAUUACAUGAUAAAAUUAUUUCCAUCCGAUAAAUUAAUUGAAUUUAGUUAUCUCAAAGGUAUGGGCGCGAAAAAUUUUACAAAAAAGAACUUUGUAGCAUCGCUUGAUUUCUUUAAAAGAAGUUUAGGUUUAAGACAGAAAUUUUUUUCUUCAAAUGAUAGAGAAAUUGCCGAACUGCAUGGUUCAAUUGCUGAAUCCUACUAUCGAUUAACAAAUUAUAAUGAAGCCAUUGACUUUUAUCAUAAAGCCCUUGAUUUCAAUUCAUUACCUACACCGAAAACUAUUAUGGCUCAUUUCUAUUUGGGAUUUUCAUAUUUAAUAAGAGCCAAUUGGAAUAAUUUCGAUGAUUUGUCAUCAGCAAAAUAUCAUCUUCAAACAGCAUUAGAUAUCAAUUUAGAAUAUGAAAUGCUACGCGAUGAAAUGAUCACAGAUAUCUACCAAGCAUUGACUGAUGUUAAUGAAUAUCAACAUGAAUUGGAUUCAGCAAUGGAUGGUCAUAUCGAAGCUGUUGAGAUAUGCGAAAGAAAAUCAAAUUUAAGCUAUCAAUUGGAAACAAGCCAACAUAAAUUCUUAAUGAAGAAUACUAGGCGCUGUGAAAAUGACAGCGACUGA